AUGCAGUACAACUACGUCGGCGAACCAAAUCCGAAUCUACUCUGCUGCAUUUGUCGUGCUCCGUUUCUCGACCCAGUCACCACUCGCUCUUGUGGACAUACUUUCUGUCGGACUUGUUUAGUUCAAGCGCUCGACCAUGCAAAACAGUGUCCUGUUGAUCGGUCCCCGCUCUCGCUCGAAGAUCUUACUCCCACCAAUCCCAUUAUACGCGCGUUAGUGGACGAACUGAUCGUGGAAUGCAUCCAUACAGAAUGCCCGCAAACAACACAAAGACAACUGCUUACUUCUCAUCUCCUUGACUCUUGUCCCUUCAGUCUAGUCUCUUGCCCUACCAGUCAAUGUGACGAAACUCUGCACCGCAAGGACCUCGCAAAGCAUGAUUGCACAAACGUAACGAAACUGGUCCCCUGCGAUCUCUGCGGCACCGAAAUUUCGUUGGACGAUCUUGAAUUGCAUGUCUCUGAAUGCCAGGAAGACACAACCUCUUGCACAGCUUGUUCUGUUUCUUUAACCCGUGCCCAAGCUUCCUCACACUCGGAGACCUGUCCCGCGACAAUCGUCGAUUGUGUGCAAGCUCCCAACGGCUGUUCUUGGAACGGGCCACGAUCUCUGUUCGAAUCCUCCCAUAAAUCGACCUGUCCAUACGAAGCCAUCGCGGGCUUCUUUGCAUUGAAUAGCACGAGACACACUCAACUUGAGCAAGAGAACAACAUCUUACGAUAUAAGAUGGCGACCCUUGAGGAUACAGUACACACACUGAGACGGGAGCUCCAAUCGGCCAAGGCUGCUUUGGGCCCGUGGUAUCGAGCUGACGGUGUUUCUGGGUAUUCGUCUGACCGGCAGUCAACCAGCAGCGGUCUGUCGUCGUCUAUUUCGACGUCUGAUCCUACGCCACCAAUCCAAGAUUACAACGCCCUUGCCGCAUACUUCCCAUCAGAAGACACGCCCUCCAACCGUGCAGCCGGAUUCUCCUCUCCGUCGUCCCAAUCCAGCUGGGAAGCGUCGCGAACUGAACGGAUAGCUCCGCUAAAUUUAUCCACAUCUCUUGAGGGCGCUUUGGUCGGUAUUCGUGAGUCUGUAGUGACAUUGGACAGCGCGCUAGACUCUCUUGGUCGUCGGGCGGACAUUGCAUUGGCCAACGAAACGAUGCGGCUCAACGAAGAUGUCAUGUCUUUGCGGGCCAACAUCCAUGGGUUACGAAUGCAGGUGCACACCAUCAUGAUCGAAAGGAACGCCCAAGUGACAGGACGCAAUCCAGAGAUGGUCGAUGGUGCCUGGCCAGCGCUGCCAACUGGUCGCUACUACUCGGGCACAAAACUCUAG